UUUACUUUUACUAAAUUAUGGCGACCUUUUCUUUCGGACAAAACAAUGGGCUUAACUCAUUAACUACCAUCUUUUUCGACUUGGACAACACUCUUAUCGAAACAAGAAAAGGAGACAGUUUAGCCUGCAAAAAGGACUGUAUAUCUGCAUAAAGCCAGGCAGUUACGUUUCCAAAUUACCCGUGAAAGUGUCUAAUUUUCCGUGCUCGGUAAGGAAAGCUUGUUUUCUUCACAACAUACGGAAGAAGUGUUGUUUACUUCUAUCCUUGAGAUUCGACACGUUAAAAUUAGACUUGGACUCUUUCUUCAAACGCAUCAGAUUAGGUAAACUCUUCGUUAGUUUCGUUUCUUUCGACGUAGAGAGUGAAACAACUCGCUCUUUAUUUCAGUGGAAACUAUUUUCGUUCGUCGAAAGUGAGCGUGUUAAAGGGCAAGGCUAGUACGUGGAAGCUUUUAGUUGAGAGUAGUGCCAGUUGGCUUAUAGCUGUUGUACGCGCAAGGCAUGAGCGUGAAUGAAAUACGAUUUUUCUCAUGUUUCGUGAAUGAUUUGUAGUAAACUUUUCAUAAUCGCAAACUUUUAAUUGAUAAAUCAAACAGUGCUAACAAUGGAGUGUGAUAAUUCAGACAGUGUUAUACCGGAGGGUGUGAAAAAAUGCGCCUCUAUUCUCAAGAUGGUGGAAAGCGAUUCAGAAAAAUUUGCUGCCCUUUUUAUGGUGACCAAGUUAAUACCAGGAAAAGAUUGUUCUCCGUCAUCAAAGAAAAUGCUUUUCGAGGCUAUUGGUCCAAAAUUUCUUCGGAAGUUAUUUUUAAGUAAUGACGUUCCUGUAGAUUGUCCUCCUCAAGUUUAUAAAUCUGUCGCAUUGUCAAUUCUUUCUGCGUUUUGUAAUGAACCUGAACUAGCAGGACAUCCUGAUAUGAUUGGGCAUAUACCCGCGCUUUUAGAAAUUGUAUCCCAAGCUGAUGAAGAUGCCCCAGAUGAUACUUUAAUUAUAGUAAGUGAAGCCUACACCUGCUUGCAGUGUAUCGCUCGUCAACCUGAUGGACAGAAAGCCCUCCUGGAGCAGAAAGCAGUAAAGAAAAUGUGUGACAUUUUCUCGGAGAAAAGCUUUAAAACCGAUGAAGCUUUAAAUAUCCUCGUUAUUCUUGCCAACCGAUUUGGAUCACAAGCUUGGGAUACGAUAAAUACUUCUUCAUUGCAUUCAAUAAUAAACAAAAUCGCUCUUGACUUCGACUCUGACAAUUCGGAGAGAAAAUUUGAGUUAUGCUCUAUACUAUACGAGUUACUUGCUUCUUGUAAAAAAGUCCUAAUUGAUUCUACAGCUAAGGAUCAAUCAUGGCCAGAGAGUAUCAGAAAAUGCCUUUCUGAAAUUCUUCGUUCGAAAAUCGGCAAAAAUCAACGGGACCCUGCACUAAAACUUUCUUCGGUAAUGCUAGAAAUUUUGGGAGUUGACUGGGCGGUAGCUUACGAUGAGAAAGAGAAGCUCUAUAUUCUUCCAUUGAUUCAACUGGCAGCUAUUGAAGUGCGGUUACAAUUAGAGGGGAAGCAAUUGAAGGCGGUUGUUGCAAAGGCUGAUCUUUUAGUCGCUUGUUUUACUGUUUUGGAAAUUUCUCUGAAUUAUAUCACAAAUGAUCAAUUAGAUUUGGAACAGAAUGAGAAACAAGCUUUAUAUACUUCUUUAAAGGCAGUUUUUUCCGCUGUUCUUAGUCUAUUAGUGGCAGUGUCGAAAAUGAAGGAAAUCAAGGAUAUUAAGGAGAAGGUCUUUAUUUGUGCACUGAUCAGGGUUUUGGCUGCUUGGAUGGCCCAGGAAACAUCUUCAAUGCGUUCUCAGGUGUUCGCUGUUUUGCCAUAUGUUUUGACAGUAGCUAAUGAUACCUUUUACGCGCAUCGGAAUAGAAAACUUGCAGAAAAAGCCAAAGCAGGUGCCAAGUCUGACGAAGGAAACUCUUUUGUAGAGCCUGUUAAUUAUGAUCCCAUCAGCGAUGUUGAUGUUUUAAGGCUCAUGCUUCCUGCUCUUUGUCAUCUUGCAAUAGAAGACGAAGGAAGAAAAAUUCUUCUGCAGCACAAGCAGGAUGAAGUUCUUUUUGAAUGCUUGUCCUAUCACUGGACAAUUGUACACUACAAGAAACCCCCAGUGCCCAAAUCAGAACGAUUGAAAGCACUCAAAGAACCAGAGAAAGAACUAGAGCCUCACAUUUUAGAACAAAUGAAGGAUUCAAGAGCAGCAAUGGUGUCUAUUUGCAAUGUUCUCAUGAAUAUAACAGUGCUGGAAGCCAAACUUGUUGAGGAGUCAACAACAUUCGUCUCUCUGCUUAAGUUCAUUUUCACAAAUCUACCAGAGCUUAAGCAAAUCACGGAGAAUUUGGUUCUUCAUGGUCAUUUGGCUGUUUUAGGUCUGUUGUUAUUGAAACAACAGGCGAAACGAGUUAAGAAGAAUGAUUUUUCAAUUUGUCGUUAUAUACAGGCAACAAUAAGAUUUCUUUGGGAUGCCUACAUUGUGGAUGAGAGCAACGAUCCAACUGAACUCGUCGUAGCGAUGUCUUACAAGGAGCAUUGGAUGGAAAUAAUGGAACUAUGGUUUCUAGGAAUGCAAACAAUGGCUGGUGUAUUGCAAAUGAUUCCGUGGCUUUCGGAAUUUGCUAUCGAGUCAGGAUGGGCUGAAGGGAUUGUCGAAACCUUGAAAAAGGUCAAGAUUGGAGGUUUACAACCAAAUGUUAAGUCAGCGUAUGAAGAUUUACUUUGUCACUUGGUUAAGGCUGAUCAAAGUGUUGCCGCGGUUUUGAAAAAGUGUGGAGCAUUGACAGUUUGUAGAAAUCAUCGAAUGAUGGAAUUAGGGAAACAUCUUUUUGGUGAUUAAUUAUCAAUGUUAGAAGUUGACAAAACAGUUUUUUCAGUUUCUUAAAAAGCAGAAGUCGAAUUACAGAACUAUUGUACAAAAUUAUUGACAAAAAACGGUUUUUUUUUCUUGAAAAACAUAAAAUUUGAUGAAAAAUAAUAUAAUUUGCAAUGCAUAUAAAAUUCAAGUUGCUAGUGGCAUAAUUUAGUUAUCAAUGAAUGAAGUUUCAAGAUUAUAAAACAAACGAAUACAGAGGAUUGGAUAUUGAUAAUAUUGUUUCAUAAAUACCAUAUGUAACAAAUCUAUGUAUCUUUUCAUUACAAGUGAUUAUGGUUUUUUUAAAGUCUUGUUUUUUAUUUUUGUAGUAACAAUAUUGAUGGUUUUAUAAAAAUUAAAUUUUAAAUAAAUAAAGCCAUUGUAUUUAAUAUAAUAAUUUAUAUAAUUUCGUAACAUGAAUCAGAAAUAAAAAUUCUCUUUUUAACAUUUUAUUUUAUAAAAGUUAACAAUUUUUGUAUUAAAAAGUAUUAUUUACCUUAGUAAAAAAUUAAUCAAUUUUUGAAUUUUAAACCCAUCAAUCACAAAGAAUUAAGUUGACUUUAAUCACUGAUGAUAUUUAUGAUUAAUUUCAGUUAAUGCUUAGAAAGGAAUAAAUAAUAAUAAUAAUAAAAUAUUGCCGAAAAUAGCAGUUUGCAACAUUUACCAUUAUUUUUAAUCUGUUUGAAAAGUGCGACCAACUACUUUUAUUAUCAUGAUUUUUGUUUCUUAAUUUAACAAUUUCUUUGUUAGAACAAAAUAUAAUUUUAUAAAUUUGUUACAAAGAAAUGAUUUUUGUUUAAUUUUUCUUUAUAAAGUUGGAUCAAUAAAAGAAUGACUGAAUUUAUUCAUAUUUUGUAAGAUAAAAAUUACAAAUAGAAUCUUCAAGUUAAAGAAAUAUUUAUAUUCUAAUUACUUUAUAUAUGUCAAGAAUAAAAUAAAAUUAAACUUUUUCGAUAUUUUUUUUUAUAAAAAAUGUUUUGUAUUAUUUAUCGUAUGUAUGUAAGGAAUUAUAACAUGUAUUUCGUCAUUUUUACGUGAAAAUUCAUAGACGAAAAUUAAAUUAAAAUAUGAUAAUGUUUCAAGUCGUAGUAAAACUAAACAGUAUAUUUAUAGCUCAGAAGAUCACUUCUCAAAAUAGCGCAGACAGGCUACAAAAUUAGUUAUAAUUUUUCUAAAUGAUGAUUCAAAUUAUUUUUAAAAACAAUAUGUAUAAAUUCGUUACUAAAGUGCCUAAAAAUAAUGUUUUAUUUACUUAAAGAAUGAUGUUUUCAAACAAGAAGUUCUGAACGAUUCACUAUUUGUAUACAUUUACAUGACUGUACAAGAAAUUAUAAAUAAAUUAUAAAUAAUUUGAAGCUCAAAAA